CAACACUGCUUGGUGUUUGAGAUGCUCCAUGCAGUCUGACUAUUCAAUUUUCAACUCUUGCAAGCGCAACUAAGGACCGACGACGCAAGUCGACAUAAGUGAAAUUGAGAAUUAUUCAAAACUAAUUCAAGUGGACUGGCCUCCGUGUCGCUUGACAGCAUCUGGAAACUUUGGAGCGACAUUUUUCUAAAUUGGUGGUGACCGCGGAACGCUUGCAGUGUAUUUGGAGUAUUCUUGACCACUGCAGGCUAAUCAAAAUAUACAUGUAAUUUAUUUUACUGCCAACCCUCUCUUUGAAAAAGAAAAAAAAACGCGACAACUGCAAUUACUGCAUUCGUGCGAGUACAGGUUUCGGAAUUGUCACACAUUUGCAAGUAUCCGCUACCUUGUCUCAGUCGAACCUGGGACAUACGCGGUGUGGCUGGAUGUUGCAGGCGGCGGGUCAGUGAGCGCGAGGACCAAGUGCCUCUACGAAGUCCCCAACUCCCGACCUCUCUUACCUGAUGCCGUGCAUGAUGAUUGUCCUUGGAAUACUUAUGAAUGUCCUCAGUCAUGGCAGCGUGCUGGCAGGCUCCAUAGACUGUCAGGAGGCUGAGCGAGGCUGUGUGCAGGAUCAGGGCUGCAUGGGGGUGUACAGGGUGCUGGAGUACUGUGCUGCUGAGGAGGCCGUGUCGCCCCUGGGCCCAGAUGCCCGGGGGGAGUGUCUGGAGGCCCAGAGCGCCCUGCAGCAGUAUCGGCCCCUCCAGGCCUGCAAGUGCCAGCGCGGCUCCCGCCGGGAGGAGCUCUGCCUCAGGGUCUACUGGACCGUCAGAUUCGCUGUGUAUGAUGAGUACGAGGUGUCUCCGUAUGAGGAUCUGGAGGUGGAGUUUGUGAGGCACAUAGAGAUGUCACGCAUGGCCUCUAUCAUGGCAGCCUCCUCUCUGCCUCUGGAUGGACAGAACCAGUGUCUGAAAGCAGCCCAGGACUGUGGUCUGUAUGAGAAGUGUGGUUCUCUGAGGUCGGAGUAUGUUGUGGCCUGCACCAAGCGGGCUCCGGGCUCCGACGGCAGCUGUAACAGACAGAAGUGCCACCGGGCGCUGCGUCGCUUCCUGGAGCGGGUACCAGAGGAGUACAGCUUCGCCCUGCUAUUCUGUCCCUGCUCCGAUGCUCUCUGUGGGGAGCGCCGGCGGAAGACCAUCGUACCGUCGUGUUCCUAUGAGGAGAGAGACGGCAAACCCAACUGCCUCAGCCUGCAGGGCUACUGUGCCAGGGAUGAGCUGUGUAGAUCUCGUCUGGCUGAUUUCCAGCACAACUGCCAGCCCUCGUCCCACUCUCCCUCUGGCUGCAUGAGAGAGAGUGGAGCCGUCUGCCUUAAGGCCUACGCAGGACUCAUAGGCACCAUCAUGACCCCCAACUACGCAAACAAUCUCAGUAUGGACGUGUCCCAGUGGUGCAGCUGUGAGGGAAGUGGGAACCUGUGGCAGGACUGUCUGCACAUCCUGCACAUGUUCCACAGAAACAUCUGUCUGCGUAAUGCUAUCAAUUAUUUGGGUGGCUCUUCCCCUCGCCUCGUGGAGAGCACGACCCUGCCCCCCCGUCGCCACGCAUCAGCCACCCCCUCCCCACGCAUCUUUCAGGACAAGGACAAGAUCAAUGUCAACGUCAACAUUUUAUCAGAACGCAACAGUGUGAGUGUGGAGGACAGUGAGGAAGAGGAGGUAGAGGAAGAAAGCCAGGAAUUCAACGUUAUCCCACUGUAUUCUGAGAAGGAGAAGUCUAGUGUGGGCUCCGGGACCCGAGGGGGCCAUAGAGGAGCGGCAGGCCACACAGCACCCAUGCUGCCCCUGCUGCCGCUGCUGCUGCUGCCUGCUUCUAUGCUGGGCUGGGGGUGUCAGGUAUAACGAGCCCCCCUACUACCCCGUCUUACACUCAGCUACAGUAUCACAUUCACUGGGUCACCUCCACCAUGGCACUGAGACUGAUGAGGAGACUUAAGGCUGAGGGAAGAACGACCACAAUGAGGAAAUGGACAUUCACAGCUUUCUCCUAUGGCACUCUGUCUUACAUUCGUUUCUUACUUUCUGUUUUCCUUUGUUACUUUCCACCGUUGUUUUUCUCCAACCUCUAUCUCUCCUGCUCCGACUACUCAUGAUCUUUAGUAGUCCUAGCUGCCCAUCUCUUAGCUCUUCUCUCUCACAUCAGUAGACAUGGAGUUGAACAAGCUGUGCAGAUAAAUAAAUAAAUGGAUGAAUUAAUAAGGUCUGUCUGGAUGAAUCGAUGUGGCUGUCUGUCCAGUGCCUGCCUCAAGAUUGGGUAUCCAGCUCCACUCUCCCUCUUCAUGAGGAGCCCACAUCGCCCAAGGCCAGUAACAGCACCUAUCUCAAAGAAAACAUGACCAAUGAUUGGUGGAACCAUGAUAGUUAGUUACUUUGAUUUUUGGGCCAUGCCUCACAUCUCUCUCCUUCAUUAUCUUCUCUUAUUUCAUCAUGCUGUGUUCCCUUGGAUAGGAGGGUUGUUGGGUAAGCCACUCUGUCUAUGUUGUUUUUGCCAUAAGCCAAUAACUAAAGAAAAGAUAGAUUGAGGGAUGAUGUAGUUCGGUAGUUCUGUAGUUUUGUAGUUCUGUAGUUCUGUAGUUUUGUAGUUCUGUAGUUCUGUAGUUCUUCCUCCUAUCUCUAUGUUUCUCCCCUUGUUUGCUCCCUCUUCACCAGCUCAGACUAGAUGCCACUGGCCUAUUGUUUCCCCUCUCUAGUUCAUACACCACUUAUUCUCCACUUAGUUGAGGAGGUCUGAGAAAUCCACCACAGGCACAAUAAUGAGACAAAAUUCUAGUAAUGACAAUGGCAUAGGAAAACAACAUAAGCAAUAAAACAUGAAAUCAGAUGGCUCAGCGGGCAGGUGCUGGGGCCGUCUGGGUUUGGGCUCAGCGGGCAGGUGCUGGGGCCGUCUGGGUUUGGUCUCAGGGGAGAGAGGAACCAAUUUACUGCUGUCUGAGGUUCACGAAUGCUUUCAGUCCCUAGGUGUUGUUAUAGUUUUGGAGAGACAGUAUCACACUUAGCCAUCCUUUUCCUGACUGUGUUUGAUUAGGGAGAGAGUGGGGAGAUGGGGAAGGGUACUGUAGCGCCUCUGGCAACUCUGAUCAUUGAGCAUUACAUUGAGCCUCUCUCUUUCUCUCUCUCAAUCUCUCUCUCUGUCUCUCUCUCUCUCUCUCUCUCUCUCUCUCUCUCACUCUCUCUCUGCCUGAUAAAUAUUUUGCUGAUGUUAAUGUUUUUUUCUUUCUUGCAUCACUAAUGUUUUUGUGAACUUGGAAAAUUAGCUCCCACCUGAGGGGAAGUAGGUAUAAUGUUGUUUGUGAUGGUUAAAGGGGGACCUACUUUACUGUGGGAUUGUGAAUGUGAUGUUUAUUCAUCUACAUCUUUCCCUUCUAGAUGGGGAUGUUAGAUAUGACUCAUGUUCUCACAGAUAAUACAUGAUGCUUAAAAUAGAUAAAUAUUUACUGGGCAUAUCGGCGCUACAGAUAUCUACGCCAGCAGCAUACCACCCUGCAUCCCACUGCUGGCUUGCCUCUGAAGCUAAGCAGGGUUGGUCCCUGGAUGGUAGACCAGAUAUUGCUGGAAGUGGUUUUGGAGGACCAGUAGGGGGCACUCUUUCCUCUGGUCUAAGGAGAUCACAAUGACCCAUGGUAGUGAAGGGAACAUUGCCCUGCAUAUGGUGCCGUCUUUCGGAUGGGACGUUAAAACGUUCUGACUCUCUGUGGUCAAUGAAGAUCCCAUGGCACUUAUCGUAAGAGUAGGGGUGUUAAGCCCGGUGUCCUGGCUAAAUUCCCAAUCUCAUACCAUCAUGGCCAUCUAAUCAUCCCCAUUACCUGGUCAAAUAAGGGUCAAUAAAUAAAUAAUUGCAUCAUUUGCCACCAGUAUCUAAGAAUGGAUGGGACCAGGGUGAGGGGAGUAGCUUUGACUUAAUUCUGAGUGUUAAUUAAGCAGGCAAGAUGGCGUUAGUGCAGCCUAACACCCUCUCCAAUCUGGACAGUGACGUUCAUGAUGACUGUUGUUAUUUUUUAAUAGGCACUGUCAUUUCUCACUGCCUGGCAAUGGAUCCUUAUGCUAGUGAUCAUCAAAGUGAGUGACAGCACCAGAGGUGAUGUGAGAGCGGCAAGCCUUGAUUUACACACUGAAACAUCCUAAAUAAAUAUGAGCAUAAGCCAUACAAGCGAACAGCAAGAGGGAUCGAGCGUGCCAACUCUAAAUUUAUAACGUUGGUUUUGUUUGUACAGCUGUACACAUAUUUCCCUCCCCAGCCCAAACGCUUUUAAUAAUAUCCAAAUAUGUCUGAUUUUGUGUUCGAUUACCAUACCCAAUGCGGAGUCGAUAUAGUGUUUUUAUACUAAAAUUAAUCUACGGAUAAAGGGAGAGGUAGGGGGGAUUUGGGAAAGAUGGGGAGAGUGACCGACAUAGAUGCAGAGAGACUUAGAGAGAGAAAGACGGCGCUGGCUCCUAAGGCUCUCAGUAGCAUUAGUGUUGUAGUCAAGCCUCUGAGAUUUAUUUUCGUGCCUGUGGCUAUGAGGUGAGUGUCUGUUCCACUGCAUUACUGCUGUGCUUUAAUUUGCCUUCACCUCAGCUUCUCCUCACAGACAGACAGCACCACUCUCCCAUACAUACUGUACAUUCCCAUCACUGUCUGUCACCAGGUCCAUUUUAAAAUCAUCUGCUGCCCCUCACAGACAAAAUGCCUCUACAUCUACUACUACUCAUGUUUUCUUUUCAUGUGGAAACAACAAACACUGUACCAUCAAAUUCCUGCAAAGCUUUUUUUUUUGGGGGGGGGGGGUAUGUAUACUUUAAACAGCUAAUGUAUAUACAUUUGUGUGGUUUGUUUUCUCUUGUCGUUAUAAUCAUUGAGAGUGGGCUGUGCCAUAUAUGGCUGGGUCUUCCCUAUUACAGCACAUAUUGGAUCUUAUGUAAUUCCUCUUGUAAGUGGUUAUAUGUAUGGAUUAUGGUCAAGCAUCUGUCAGUAUCUCUGUCUGUUUGUAACAGUGUAACCCUGUUGUUCUGCAGUGUUCCGUUUAUGUUGCUGGCGUUGGCACAGGUAUAAAACAGUAACGACAGCACCUCCAUAGCUUGACCUUGAUAUCCAUGUUGAUGGUCAUUUUUUGUCGGGUAUAUGAUGAUCAUCAUGUUCCACAUUAGAAUCAAACUGCUCAUUUACUCAGCCGAUGCCACCAAGCCCCUCUCAGUCGUGUGAAAUAGGAUUAGCUGUCUGAAUCACACCACUCCUGAGAGUUGUUGCAUGAACACUCUGUGGAUAUGGUGUAAGACCACCUCUUGAACGUGAUCCUCAGUUGGCAAGCUGGUUAAUACAUUCAACUUGAGCAGUUGCCUGCCUCUCUGCCAACCUUCUAAAACAGUUUUGGGCUCUGUCCAUUAGUAUCAAAAUGGUCAACAUUUUGAAAAUGGACCCCUGUUAUUUAUGGAUGAGGCCAGUGAAAUAAAUGAUACAUGUAACAUAGUAAAGCGCAUUGCUCUGAAGUGCCUAUGUAGUCUUCAGUUGGAGCGAGGAACGAAGGACUCUAGGUGGGCUGAGUUGAACAUGAAACAGCCGCUGGAUUAGCAGAGACAUUAAUCCUUGUUUUGAUAAUGAGGUUUUCUAGAACUUCAGAAAGUUCAGCAAUGCCAAAAUGUCCCAGCCAUCAGUGCUGCUUUAAGCCACACAGUGCACUGCUCACCCCUACCUCUGUCACCAUCCAUCCACCUCCUUGGCCAUGAAUUCUGCCUAGCCCUAUUCAUAGCUGGUGAUGUGGGUUUAGAAACAGGUGUGAGCUCUGUGUGAUUCUUCAUCAAGAGUGAGAAAUGUACCAUGCUGUGUGAAAAAACUACAUACAAUAAUAAAACAUCUCUAAUUA